AUGGCUUCUGUGUGGUCCUCCUGUGGUCCUCAUGGCUUCUGUGUGGUCCUCAUGUGGUCCUCCUGUGGUCCUCAUGGCUCCUGUGUGGUCCUCAUGUGGUCCUCCUGUGGUCCUCAUGGCUACUGUGUGGUCCUCAUGGCUCCUGUGUGGUCCUCAUGGCUCCUAUGUGGUCCUCAUGGCUCCUGUGUGGUCCUCAUGUGGUCCUCAUGGCUCCUAUGUGGUCCUCAUGGCUCCUAUGUGGUCCUCAUGGCUCCUGUGUGGUCCUCAUGGCUCCUGUGUGGUCCUCAUGGCUCCUGUGUGGUCCUCAUGGCUCCUGUGUGGUCCUCAUGUGGUCCUCAUGGCUCCUGUGUGGUCCUCAUGUGGUCCUCAUGGCUCCUGUGUGGUCCUCAUGUGGUCCUCAUGGCUCCUGUGUGGUCCUCAUGUGGUCCUCAGGUCUCCUGUGUGGUCCUCAUGGCUCCUGUAUGGUCCUCAUGUGGUCCUCAGGGCUCCUGUGUGGUCCUCAUGUGGUCCUCAUGGCUCCUGUGUGGUCCUCAUGUGGUCCUCUUUUCUUCUCUCUAA